CCCAUAUUAAGACGAAAUGAGUGAGAAAUAUAUGGGUAGGGGACUAAACGUCUUUGGAUGCUAAUGCAUUAGAACCUCCACCAACGAAGGAAUGGAUUGAUGAGAAUGGAAUCAAGACUAUCGAGAGCUACAAGUAUAAUAUGGGCAACCAACUUAUUAAGACUACGAGACGUUCUAGAGUAAUGAAAAUCACAAAGUCUGUUCCUCGUCGCGUUUACGAGCGUAUGCAAAUUGUUCCUUUUGGAUUGCCCAGCGGUGGUAACGAAGGUGUCACCAUUCAAUCGCAAGACCAGAUCUAUUUCGAAAAGCCGAGCGAGCAGGAGAAGGUGGAGAAGCCAGCUGAGACCCGGAAGAGUACCUUUGUCUGCCGCAUCUGCAAGGGCAAUCAUCUCGCGGCGAACUGUCCGAACCGUGGUCAGGAAGAGCCCACGCCCUCCGCUGCCGUGUACCAGCCGAAGCAGGCCGCGAAGUCGGACCGCUACGUGCCUCCGAACCAGCGCGAACGCUCAUCAGGGCAGGAGGAGGACGACCAGUUCAUUGUCCGUAUCAACAACGUGGCGGACGACGUGGACGAGAAGAAACUGUACAGCAUGCUGAAUUGGAACUACAGUCUGCGUCGUGUGCACAUUCCGAAGAGCUACGACACCAACAAGCCGCGCGGCUAUGCGUUCGCGUAUUUCCACGAUAAGGAGAGUGCCGAGGAGGUGAUUCGGAGGUACGAUGGCUAUGCGCUGAACCAUUUGAUUCUGGAAGUCAAGAUGUGGGAGAAGAAGGCAGGAGGCAGAACGUACAGAACCGGGUAUGGACGCGCAUUGCCGCAGAAUGCGAAGCGAUAAGAAAAGGGGUUCGGGGUGGUUUGUGUGCUUGUU